GUAUUACACUUAAUUGCAAUGUCUUAGAUUAUGUCCUGGUUUAGAUCGUUCACCAUGUCCCGUAGUGCUCCUGAUUACGCUGCUCACAUCGUGAUUUAUACCUGUCUCCUGUCGACGCACAUUUUGAGUCCUUUCGUACAUGUUGAGUGUUGCUGUUCAAAAGCUUGCCAACUUAGCAAGCGCUUGCUGUAUAGCUUCGCCCUCCUCAUGAGGUCCGUUCACCUAGACUUUCACAGCCAUGCCUGUCUAUCCACUCUUUCACUCCCAGCAACGGCGCCACCCAUGUAUAUGCAUCCUCUCGACUUCUUCUGUUUUCGUGUACUGCCAUCACCACCGCCACAAGCACCUGUCAACCAUGGUGAUCACCCGAGCACAAAGUUCGUCCACGCGCAAACGAAGCAGCGAUGCCGUUCAACUGGAUGAAAAGGGCUUCAACUGGGCGCCCUGGGCGGUCGAGGAGCGUCACGUUGUCUACGAAUACCUGAACGCCUGGGUCCAGCAAUAUGGGCUCGACGCGUUCUGCACCAAGAAGUGGGCGAAGGAAGAGUUCGUCUUCCUGACGAACACCAUCAACGAAGUCAACGCUGCGAACGACGCUGAUACUGCGCCACGGUCGAUGAUGAAUGUGAAGAGACAGAUUCGUCAUCUAUACGAGGGCAGGUUGAGCCCACUUGCGAAGCUCUGGAAGCGCUCGGAGGACCUGAAGCUGAGCAUCGAGCUAGGAAGGGCGGUCGAGGAAAGCGAGCGGUUCCCGCAGAUGACCGUUCCGGUGGCGACGCUUGUGGAUGGUAUAUACAUCAUCAAGAGCGGCGAGAAGGAGGCCAAGAAGAUGGAUAAGGAGGUUGGCAAUGAAGCUGAAACCCCCGAGACGCCACCAGCGAAGGAGCAGAAGGAGAAGAUCGUCAAGCUGUCAGUGGAAUGGACGCGGCUCCAUGUCCGUCGGGAUGGUGGCACGUCGGUCCUGAGGGAGGGCGAGGUAUGGGAGAGCCCUGUGACAAACGGUGGGAGUCAGGAGAGCGUAUCGGAGGAUGACGGGUCGGAGCCUAUGUCAUUCUCUGAGGGCGAGGAGGGUGAGAGGCCUUGAUGCUGUAGGUGCAAAGGCAACCUGGUGUGAGUUUUUGGUAUUGCCAGUAUUACUGCAACCACUUUAGUGGGCAUAUGAGACAGUAGACACUCGAUAUUUAGCGCAGCUAUGAACAGUGUCGCGAAUAACCAUGAUAUUGACUGUGAAGUGUUGCUGAUCUCGACGGGUAGACUGUUCAGAGGUGGUUCAGAGCUGUGUCAAACCAAGAUGAUGCAUC